AUGGGGCUUUCUCCUCGCACCGUGGUACUUUUGGGGCUUCUGGGGAUCCUACGCCACGGCGAUGCUUCAGGUCUUCUUGAGCUCUCCUUGGGAAAAUUCCGGAAUGUGAUACUUAACCAGAGCAAUCCAGUGGAAGCUGUAAUCAGGAACAUUGCAAGCAAUGUGACUGUCAUUAUUUUUCAAGUGCAUGCCCAGCAGAGUGAUGUGGUGAUAUCCUUUGAUAAGAAUCCAUCUGUUAACAGCUCAGGAAUUGGAGUAGACAAAGGACUGGUUUCCAUCCUUCGGCUUCAGCAGACUGUGUGUACAUGGUACCUGCGGUCAUUGGAUGCUAGCCAGGUGCUCAGCACAGCUAUCUCCAUUCCCUAUAUGGAGAAAGAUCCUAUUCCUGGAGGUUGCAAUCUAGAAUUUGACUUGGAGGUGGAUCCAAACAUUUACCUAGACUAUACAUUGGUUGAUAUACACAUCAAGUUUGCCCCUGCGAACUUGGGAUAUGCCAGAGGAGCAAACCCACCAUCCUGUGAUUCAGGGACUGGGCAGAACUCAAGGUGGCGACUGCACUAUGAUGUCUACCAGUACUUCUUACCAGAGAACCAUCUUUCUGAAAUGGUGCUUAUGAGCCACAUACAGAAGAUGUCUGAGGUGCAAAGUAUCAAAGCCAAUGGCAUUAAAAUGCUUUCGCUGACAACUGAUGACAAGACCAAUGUCUACUUUUCCUCACUUCCUGGACAAGGUGUAAUCUACAAUGUCAUAGUAUGGGAUCCUCUUUGGAAUACUUCUGCUGCAUACAUACCUGUACAUACAUAUGCCUGCAGCUUUGCUGACUUAGUGGAUAACUGCUCUUCUCUCAGCAAACCCUCUACCAAAGUAUUCUUCACUAUGCUUGCUGUUCUUGGUCUUUUCACUUGUUUUUUAGGACACAGAUUCUGGAAAACAGACUUAUUCUUCAUGGGCUUCAUAUUUGCAGCAUUCUUCUUCUUUAUAUUGAUUACAAGGGUAACUGGCCUUGGUUAUGAUGUGCGUCUUAUUUUGACAGCAGUAGCUGGAAUUAUUGGAGGGCUUUUGCUGGUUGCAAGCUGGUGGAGAUUUGGGUCUGUCCUGCUUUGUAUGUAUUUUAUUGGACUUGUGCUGGGAUUUCUCUUUUCAUCGGUGGUCUUCUUUACUCCACUAGGAGAUUACAGGGUCUUCCGUGAUGAUGUUGUGUUCUGGGUGACCUUUUCUUCUGUAGCCGUGAUGAUUCCAGUGCUUUUUGUUGGCUGUCCAAGAAUUCUGAACAUAAUGGCCUCUGGAAUAGUAGGCUCUUACACAGUGGUUCUAGCUAUUGCUUGUUAUGUCUACACAAGCCUUUCUUACAUCACCUUAGACCUGCUCAGAAGGAUUCUCAAUGAUUACUUCAGCAGAGCUUAUACCAAUGUGCCUUUUCAAAGAAAUGACUUCAUUAUCUUGUCAGUGUGGACAAUGCUGGCCCUCAGUGGAGUAACUGUGCAGCUUCGCCAAGAGAGAAGCAAGGUGCCCUUCCCACCACACCCCUAUCUCACCUGGAAGCGGGAAAGGGAGCGCAGAAGCACCAAUGUCUUGGACCCUAGCCAUCAUAUUCCUCCCCUAAGAGAGAGGAUCAGUAACAAGCUGCUGCAUAUCAAAGAGUUUUUUCACAAAGAGCAGCCAGCUGGGGAGAGAACUCCAUUACUUCUGUAACCUGCCAAAUAACUGGUGGGAACAGAGAGCAAGAAUCUAGAAAUGGUGAGAUGAGUGAUCAUCAGUAAACCAG